AUGUCUUCAAAAACUCUAUUUGCUUUGACCGUCCUCGCACUCUUCUUCCUCUCAUCUGUCUCUGCCCAUGGACACAUGACCGAUCCCCCAAUUCGCAUUUUCCCUGGAGAUCAAAACAACGGAUUAACUCUCACUCGAGGUCCAACAAAAGUCAGUCCAUGCUCGGGAUUGCCAGCCGGUCCAGUACAGUCAACAUUUGCCGCUGGUCAGAACAUCAACAUCCAAUGGGAAAUCGGCGCCGCUCAUAAGGGACAAUGCUUUGUUGAAUUAUCGACCGAUGGAGAGAAGACCUUUAAUUUGGUGCAAGAAUUACCCAACUGUGCCGACGUUGCAGGACCCAAUUUCCAGGCCUCUGUUAAGUUGCCAAACACGCCUUGCGACAAUUGCGUGCUCAGAUGGAGAUGGGUAGCUACAUUGACCAAUGAGCUAUAUUUGAACUGUGCCGAUAUUAAGAUUACUGGUGCUGGCGCAAAGAAAAACCGAAGAGCUAAUAAGCGAAGAUUGAGCGCAUCGGAGAAAUUUAUGGCAAAGGAAAUUAGAGAUUUUUAUGAUGAGAUUGACAUGUGA